UCACAUGGACUCCUCUUGACUAACGCCAAACAGCCCGUCGAAUCUGUCCAUCAGUUUGCUCAGCUCACGGUCUUCCCUCUCCGUCCAGGCGCCAUCCCUCUCCACCUCACUCUCGCCCUGAUCGCGGGGGCUCACAAGCGCCCUGUCGUUCGUGUCUUCCGCAAUUACGUGAUGUGUGGUGCUGUGCCGCUUUAGAAUCUUCCUCUUCAGUGCUUCUGGGAGACCGCACUCUGCAGACAGAGAGAGACAGAAGGAGACUGCGAUGUGUCUCUGUCUGUCUCUGCGGUGUGCGUACGUGCUUUGAACUGCUCGAAUUUCUCCAUGGCCUGUUUCCUCUUGCUGGGGCUGUUUUGGGGGUUCGUGGCGCUGAGGUGGAGGGCGACAUAGGUGAGGGCGGCCGCGUCGCGGGCCAGGUGGGGCAUCACCGGGCGGCGGUCACCCACGUCUGUGAGGGCCUCGCAGAUGGCCUCGGACAGACUCACCUAACCAGACAGGCAAAGUGAGACACACGCACGCCUUAUUCAAACGGUAUUUCGGGGCGUGUCUCUGUCUCUGCCGCUCACGUUGAGGAAUGCCAUGGUGUUUCCCAGCUCCUGCUGGAGCUUGCGCAUGCCCAGGCAAAGGUCGCCCUCUUCUCUCUCCUCCUCUUUCUGAGCCUCCCUCUUGGCCCGCUCCCUCCUGGCUUCCUCACCCAUGUGGGCGAGGGUCACCUGGGGCGCAUGGCCCAUCUCCUGGCUCGCCGGGAGCUUCGCCGGCAGCAGAGAAGGGGACUUCUGGACGUACCUGCACGUGAAGGGUAGUCGAUCAGGGGCAUGUCCAUCGUGCUAUGUGUGUGUGCUCGCUGUAUGUCGCUGUAUGUGACCGUGAUGGCAGUUGGCAGAAUCUCUGCAGGUUGUUGUGUGAGGCGAAGACCCAGUAGUCCUGCCCGUACUGGACGAUGUGGUGGCUCGCCAGCGGCUUGACCAGCCGGCCGUCGUCCACUAGUGGAUCGACACAGACAGAGACAGAGACAGAGACACCAGAGUCUGUGCGAGUGUGUCCGUCUGUCUGUCUGUGCAGGCGUGCGCACCGCACCGAGUGCGACAGGGUCGUAUCCCCUGAGCGCCUUUUCGAUGGACAUCGACUGGCACUCUGUGAAGGGCAGCACACGCGGGAGGGUCCGCGGCAGCGGCGUGGACAGGUAGUGGCUCGGGUGAGACAGGAAGGCCUGCAUCCACAGUCGUGAUCGUGUGUAUGUGGCGACGUACACACGGGGAGAGUGGGGAGAGGGUUGUUGCUGACCUGUUGGCUGUCGUGCGAUUGGAGCCAGAAUAUUCUUCCCUUGAACUCGACGGCGAAUGAGAAGUCGCCUGAGGCGUCAACCAACUCAUCCUACACACACAUGCACACACACACACAGACGAUCCAUAGAACUUUCUGGCUGUGACGUGCAUACCUUCACAGUUAGGGCCACAGGGCAGAAUGUCCUCCAAGGCGACACCUACGCGCAGAGAGACACGUGUGUGUGAAAACGCCCAACACGCAAGCGUACAAAGUACUUUGCUUUGGAUGACUCGUGGUGUCCAUCCCAGGCCGCUGCAUGGAGCAGCCCGCUUGUUGGCGUGCAGCCGGUGGUACAAAUGCCGACGGGCUAUCGCUGACUGCACACACACGAAGACAGACAGGGAUGCGUUCGUCCAUUUCUGCUUCUGUGUGGGUGCGGUGCGUUGGAAUGUACCUCUGCUUCCUUCAUUGCAGCGUCGUAGAUGCGCCACAAGGACUGGUCGCCAGGCAGCAGACUGACAACGAACGAGACGCGCAGACAGAAAGUAUCUAUGUCUGUCUGUCUGUCUGUGUGUCUCUGUGCCGUGUGUGUGGUUGUGUGUGGUUGCCCACCUGACGCACGAGUACAUUUGGCUGUAGUAGCUCUGCACCUGCGGCGCCCGCACAGUGUAGGCGUUGAGGGCCUCACGCUGGAACAAGACGACGCGACGACUGUCCUGCACGUCGCCAACUGCACACACACGCACACACAGGCGAGCACACCCGUUUGUGUGCACAUGAUGAGUGUGUACUCCCACCGCACCGGUGUUGUCAGCGAUCAGCCUCUGGCACCGCUGGAAGGUCAGUUCCUCCCCCGCCUGGUUGCGUGUGCGCUUAGAAUACACACAGGUGACUCUGUUGUGUCUCUCGGUGUGUCAGACCUGCAAGACGAAGACGUUGUGAGGGAUGACUCUGUAUCUCGACAGCAGAGUCGCCUGCUUGACGUUCAGCGGCAGACCGUCGAGGAUCCACCCUGAGUCGAGAGAAGAGAUGUACACACAGACACAUGUACACACACACACACACAUACACACAUGGUGUCUGGUGUGUGUGGUACCUCUCUCCAGGCAGUCCUUUUCUGAGAGGCGUCUAACGAUGCUGGCCACCAUCAGCUCGUCACCCACCACGCCCCCGCUGCACACAAAAGGUCCACACCCAAAGAUGCACACAGACAUGACCCCACAAACACACACACACACACAUGGGUGCUAGCUACUACCUCUUGAGAGCGUUGUCGACGUGCAGCGCCAGCUGGUUGUCCAUCUUUUGCAGAGCGCCGCUCAGCACCUCUUCGCCAGUGACCACGAUGGCGCCCGUCUUCUCUGCCAGCUUGGCUGCCAGGGUGCUCUUGCCGCUCAGGGGUGGACCUACAGAAGCGCAACACGCACAAAGUGGAUGUGCCUUGGCGCACACGAACACAGCCCGUGUGCAUGCGCACCCAUGACAACGAUUGCGGGGUGUGUCUCGACUGGUGAGGGGUCUGGCGCCUGGAGAAGGUCGACAAUCCUGCCCUUACUUGCCUCCCUCUCCUCGAAGGACCCCGCCACGUAGUAGAUGCGAUCGCGAUACAACAGGGGAAACUCAUACGUGCUGGGGUGGACCUACACACGUCCAGCGUCCACAGAUGUGUGUGUGUGUGUGUGUGUGUAUGUGUGUGUGGCGAAAGGCACACUCUAGUACCAGUCUGUCAACGCCAGUGGGGUUGAAUUUUCUGAACCGGGAGAGCCGCGCGUGGCCGUGCCGCUGCAGACGCUCCGCAUACAGAGGGUCGAUCGACCUGACAAAUGGCCGGCCGGACGCAUGGAUCGAUGUGUGUAUGCAGGUGUGUGCAGAGAGAGAGAGCCACGGGAGGGAGGUGUACCUACCUGCACUGGUGCUUCUCAAUGAGGCUGUUCCGGUGCUGCACAUAGGGCCUCAGGGCGUGCUCAACCAUCUUCAUGACGUUCGUGUGCGACCGCUGCGUCUUGACGGUGAAGAUCGGCACACGUGACUCGUCGAGGGAUCCACGCAUCAGCGCCAGGACGGCCUCCUGCUGUCUCUUGGCAGCCGUGAACUGCUCGAUCGCCUUCUCCGAGGCCUUGGGCGCACCCUCCUCAGCCUCCUCUUCCUGCGCACACAGGCCCAUGGGCGAGGUGGGAGGUGUGUAUGUGUUGGGAAGAGAGCUGCCCACCUCUUGGUCGGCCUCUUCUUCCUCUUCUUCGACUUCCUCGCCCGCAGCAAGACGCUGCUCGCGCUCCCGCAGCUGCAGACAACAUGCGUGUGCACAUCAGUAUGCCUGCCUGCCUCUCUGUGUGGCUGUGUCUGUGGAUUGUGGCUGUGUGUGUGGGUGUCGAUCGACACACAAGUGCAGCGUGCAGCCGAGCCGACCUUUUCAGCCCGAAUGGCUUCCUUCUCCUGCCUCUUCCUCUCCUUCUCUCUCUCGGCCUCCAGCUGAUGGGCGCAGACAAAGCACACAGAAACACGGCCAUUUUGUGGCUAUGUCUCUCUCUGUGCAUCGCUGUGUGUGUGUGUGCGCACGUCGAUUUGCUCGAGGUUGAGGCAUCGGUCGAUGGCUGUGGCGUCAUCGAUCUCCAGGAUGACCACACAGUCGGGGAGACGGCCAGCCUGACACACACACACACAGAGAGACAAGGGGGGAGGGGCAAGGAGGCUUUGUGAGUGCACGCGUCAGCUUACCCGUGCCAUGAUUGCGGCGACAUUGUUAUUGGUAACGUUCUCUUCGUCGAUCUCCUCGCUCUCAGUGUUGACAAGACCAGCAAACACGUUCCCUGGCGUGACACACACAUACACCCAGUGGAUAGACGCAUGUGUGUGUUUACGUGCAGACGCACACUGGGUGGGUUCUAUGCAUCACCGUCAAUGAUGAGCGCGCCAGUGUGUGCGUGGAGCGUGUUCCGCAUGGCAGAUCGCUGCAGCGAGUCCACCACCUCGGGAUCGAGCUCUGCGUGUCAUGGACGCACAAAGGGUGUGCGAGAGUGGAUGCGUGUGUGCUAAGGUGUACGUCUCUGCCGGACCUGGCUCGCCUUCCUCUUCCCCUUCUCCCUCCGCCUCUCCCUCCUCGCUGCACACACACACACACACACACACACAGGGAUAUGACAGGGCGCAUGUGUUGUGUGUGUGUGUGUGUGUGUGUGUGUACGCAAUGAUGAGGUUUCCCUCUUCGUCGACGAUCGGCUCCUGGUUCUUGAGGCGCUCCUUCUCACUCGCCACACCAGCCAAGUGCUCGGCCUCCAGGCGGGCAUACUGUCCAGUCAGAAGCAAUGUGUGUGUGGGGCCUGGGGGACAGAGGGGCUGUGGGGGGUACCUCUUGUGUGUAUGUCUGUUCGAUGCCCAUUUGUGGGAUCUUCAGCUUGUCUGCGAGCGACUCCGCCACCGAGGGCAGCAUGCAGCCAGAGGGGCCCACAAACAUCAGCCUACAGACACAGACACACACGUGUCUCAUCUCUCUGUGUGUGUGGGGUGGGGCAUGAAGGCGCCACCUACCUGGGUGGCGGCACGUCAGCGUCCGUGUGGAUGUAGGCGGCAGGGUUGAGGGAGAAGGCCUUCAUCGCCGGCUCAGAGAACAGCCGAUACUGCUUGUGAGACAACUGCACCUGCACACACCACACCACACCACACCCCACACAGAUGGACGUGGAUGUGCACACCUCUGUCCAAACACAAACACGUCUCUCUCGUGUACUUGAAAGUCGGCCUUGCCCGGCACCAGCCAUUUUUCAUUUCUCAGUGUCACCGGGCAAUAGAGACCUGGCACACGCGCCCCCACCCUCUCACACACAUACGCACACACGCACCCUUUGUUUGCACGCACCUGUCUCGCCCCACGGAACAUAUAGCGGCAGCUUCGGGGGUUUCUCGACUGUCUCCCCCUCCUCUCCCUCCUCCUCCUCUGCCUGCUCUUCCUCGGCCUCUUCAGGCUCGGCGUAGGGGUCGAUCGGCUCCUCAACGUGGGAAGGGUCAUCUGCACACGCCGGUGUGAUGUGUUCGUCUCACCUGUGUGUGUGUGUGUGUGUGUGUACCUGGUUGGAUGAAGAAGGGGUCGAACGCCUUGCGGACGUGGCAGAAGGUGUCGUCGAUCGAUGGCUCCAGCGGGAUGGGAACUGUCCAUGUAAACAUACACACACACGCAUGUGCAGCCAUAUCACAUGUGCUUGCAGCCGCAUCCCAUGUGCUUGCAGCUGCGCGUACCCACUCUCUCCCCGAGGGCAUCAAGCUGCGCGUCAUAGGCCUCAACCGCCGGCUCCAGUAGCAUGUGCUCGUCAGCAGCUCUACAUUCAUGUUGUUGAUGUGUAUACGAAGGCGCGUGUGUGUCUCUCUCUGUGUGUGGGAGAAUACCGUCUUCUGAGUAUGUCUGUCAUCGAGGGGGCGUCCUCCUCCUCUGACAGCGCCUGUGUGUGAGACACGUGUUUGUUCACACGGAGAUGCCUAGGGGCCAUCGAUCGUACCUUGUAAGCGAGAAUGCGGUGGAACUUGAUGUUGAGUCCCUCCAGCGCCACGAUCUGCCCACACGCACACACACACACAAAACACAAUAUGCAGCACACUUGUCCGUCACACCCACGCCACGCCACGCACUCAAUGUCAGCACCUCUUCCUCCUUCAUCGGCGCGCCGCACACCACAAACCCCCGGGAUGGCCACUCAAGCGGACCCUCCUGUCGUCAUGCACACACAAGGUAUACCUGUCUAUGGCUGUCCGCGCAUUCCCCCUCCCUCCGUACCAGCUCGACGAUCGGCUCGCCGGUCUCCUCAUCGAUGGGGUACUCGGGAGGCUCCGUGCCUUCAGGCUACACACACACAUGCAGGGAGACAGCGAGACAUGAGAAAGGAAGUGUGGGGUGGGGGAGUGGGGGGGUACCGCUUCUUUCGCGGCUUCAAUCUCCUUCUUGAUCCCCUCGAUCUGCUUCUUGCGUGUGUCGACCAUCUUCCAGUUGUUGAACAGACCCAACUCACACGCAAUGCAUCGCACUAUCGCGUCGCUGCCUACACACACAUGCGCACACACCUGUCUGUGUGUGUGUGUGUGUGUGCGUGUGUGUGCGUGCGGAUUUGCUGUGCUUACUGAGUUCUUUGCCGUCUAUGACGGCCUCUCGCUCCUUGGGGUAGAACUGAAAGUCGCCCGUGUCCGGUGGGGGCGGCUGGCGGGCGAGGAGAGGAAAGGCAGGAGUGCAUGUCUCUCUCUCUCUCUCUGUGUGUGUGUGUGUGUGUGUACCUCCUCCUCCUCUUCAACAGGUUCUGAUGGUGGCGGCUCCACCUCCUGCUGCUUCUGCGGGUGGGCACACGAACACACACACAUGGGUGAGGGAUGAUGUAUGGGUGGGGACUUGUGGUGUGUACCUUGCCCCUCCUCUGCUUUUUUCUCUCUUUCUCGAGCCUCUCCCUCUCCUCCUCGGCCUUGCGGCGGGCCUCUUCAAUCUGCACACACACACACACACACACACGCGCGCGCGCGCACACACUCAACCACACACACACAUGGAUGGAAUCGGAGUGCAUCUGCUUGUACCGUACCUCCUCUUUGGUUGGCGGCACGUAGUGGUCCCUCCUCUCCAGACCUCUCUCGAUGGCAGACGGCAGAUCGACCACUUGGAAGCCAUACAUGUCCUACAAAGUCACAUCACACACGCGCGUCUGUGGAUGCGCAUAAAAGCUCUGUAUACGGCGGAGGGACGGGUCAUACGCUGAUCAUAUUGGCUUGGGUCUUCUUGCCACUUCUGGGCGGCCCCAGAAUGGCCAGGCCGAGGGUGGGCGGCACCUGCGGCCACUUGUCGAUGUACCUGAACACCUCUCACACACAUCCAUGUGUGUGUUUUGUGGAAUGGAAGGUGCAGAAGUCACUUACUUUCUGGGGUCUCUCUUGAAGGCUGUCAUGGUCUCGGGUGAGGAGAAGAGGAACACGCGGCCGCCAUAGUCGACGGCAUUCUCCUGACAACCACACACACACACACACACAGGGAGAGAGAGAGAGAGAGUGGGAAAUGAGUACAGCUGUAUCUGCGCCUGUGUGUCUCUCUCUAUCUGUGACACACCUGAGUGCCUUCUCUGAUCUCGCUCUUGUCCCUCACGGCCACACAGUCGACUGUGCGCCAGGGUGACCAUCGUCGAGGAGGGUCCUUCUCGUCGAGAUUCAGACGCAGCAGCUCCUACACACACACACACACACACAAUUAGACGCACACAUGACAAAUGGCUGGUGGGGCUGGGGCUGGGGUGGUUACCUUCAGUUCUCCGACGUCUGCGCUGCCCUCUAUGUCUUUUGCCACUGGGGGCGGCGCCAGACACCGCUGCAUCGCCUUGGUGGGGUGGAUGUGGGUCAUCAAGGUCGACAACAGCUGCAGAAACAGCCACCAGAGACAUACACACCCACACACCCACAUGUUUGUGUGAAUGCGAUGGAUGGAUGGAUGGAUGGUGACUGAUCCACCUCUUCCGGCGCGCGGCCUUCAACAGAGAGAGUGGUGCACGGCACACCUGCGGCCUUCGAGAGAAACGAAGAGACACACACAGAGAGAGAGAGAGCACAAGCGCACACCAAGCAUGUCGACACACCCCACUCCCCACACGCGCACCUCCACUUUUUGCAGCACUUUCUUGGCCCCCUCGACGUCGGCGUGGCCCGGCGUCCUCUCGGGCAGCAGCAGCUCAGACGACAGGGGCAUCGGAGGGAGCUGCGCUGCACACAUACAAGGUCGCGUGUGUGUAUCCCCCGCACACACACAGAAAGGAUGCAGGCACGCACCUGCUGACUUCUUGAAGGGUGGCUGAAUAUACGGUCGGAUCUCCUGCACCCACACCCACAUACACAGGCAGCCUUUGCUUGUGUCGAUUUCUGCCGAUGGGUGUAUGUGUGUGUGUGUGUGUGUGUCUAUACGUUGAUGAGAUCGACCCCUGGGAUGUCGAGGUUGCCCUCCUCGUCCAUCGGGGGUUCCGGCAGCGCCUCCUCCUCGGGCAACUCCUCUUCGGGCACCUCCUCACCAGCAGCCUCAAGCGCCUUCACACACACACACAGAGAGACACACAGAGGUGCUGGUGGAGGGCGGGAGGGUGGAAGGGCGGUUACGGCUGCUAGUGCAUGCACACCUUUCUCGCCGCCUCCUUCUCUUUGUGUCUACUCUCCAGCUGUGUCAGGUCGUCCUUGCCCCACACCUGGCCACUCGGCUCGUGAACCCUACCAACCCCCCCACACACACAUGGGAUGGAUUUCUUUCUGUGUGUCCAUCGAAAUGUAUGUGCAGCAGAGGAAGAGGCACCUGAGUCCACCCGCAUAGACACUGAGGUCGCUCUGUGGGUAGUCGAGGUAGACGGCCAGCCGUGGGAAGGCGUCAAGGAGGGGGUUGUCCACCCAGUGCUGGGGAGGGGGCGGUGGGGGUGGGGGGGCGGGAGGCUGCAUGGGGGGUCGGAUGCAUGUGUGUGUGUGUGUGUGUGUGUAAACACCGCUGGCUGUCUGGCUGCGUGUGGCUGACCUCUUCUCCCUCUUCAGCUGGCUGUCCUCCCUCCCCCUCCCUCUCCCCCUCUGCAGGCUGCUCCCCUUCUGCGGCUGCUGCUGCUGCUGGGGGUUUCUCGGUCUCCUCGGGUGCACCCUCUUUCUCACCUGAGCACAGAACAGACACACAGUGGGGUGUGUGCGUGUAGGCGCUUGUGUCUGAUGCGCACACACACAGAUACGCACACCCAUACCUGGCGGCUCUGGCUGCUCAGCGGCCUCUGCGGCUGUCUCGUCUCCCUCUCCUACUGCCGCCUUCUCCCCCUCGCCCUCUCCCUCUCCCUCUAGCUGCUGCUCUCCCUCUCCCUCGACCCCUGCCUCCCCCUCCUCGGGCGCCACAGCGGGCUCCUUCGUCGGCACUGCAGACACCGUUUGGGUACACGGAUGGGUUUGCCUGCCUGCUGGCGGGGUGUCGUGUGCAGUAUUGUGUGUGGCUUACACGGGGGAAGCUCGACGUCGUCUUUGGUGAAGCUGAGCCACUCCAGCCGAGGCUGAAGGAGAGAGACACAGGGCACAGACAGACAGGCGAUAGAUGGCACCCAUCUCUGUCUGUCUGUCUGUCUGUCUGUCUGUCUGUGUACCUGGAUGGAGAGCUGCCUGAGCCUGUUCAGGAAGUCUUCCAGCUCCUGAAAACACAACACACCAGACGCCGCCCGUCGGUGGCCGUGUCUCGCGGCGGCCGGUCCACUACCUGCUCGCCGCCCUCGUAAGUGGGCAGGUCCACCACAUAGCCCGCUGUGCGGCACUUGGGUGAGGCCGCCAUGAAGUCAACCAACAGACGCAAUGUGUCUUCCAGAGACACGGACAUGCCUGUGCGCGCGCAUGUGUGUAGACACAGAGGUGUGUGUGUGUGUGUGUGUUGGGGGUCAGGGCGAGGAGCGGACCUCUGUAGAGCUGUUCGUUCAAUCGGCUGACGAGGGGGGUCUGCUUGCUCUUGGGCACUUUCAAGGCGAUCUGUCCAGACAAUGAGAGUGGCCAUACCGAUACCGCCUCAAGUAUGUGUGUGUGUGUGUGUGUGUGAAGGUGCCUGCAUAAUCUCUUCUGGGUUGAUCCACUCAAGCCCCAUUCGCUGCGCCAACUCGUAACCCACACGCUUCUUGGCUGCACACACACACACACACAGACACAGGAGAUGGAUGUCUCUGUCCAUCACGACAGACUCACACAGGCCUUCGUGUGUGUGUACCGUCACAGUCGACCCCUAACAGCACAAUGCCCAUCUGGGGCGUCUUGGCGCAGUCCACCAAGUCACGAUCCGUCGCCGGCUGCUCAGGACGGUCGGCCAGUGGGGGGAACUCUGACGCAUGAGCAGGCUGCAGGGGAGGGGGAGGAGGGGAAGGCUCCGCGGCCACCUGCACACACACACACACAUAUCCGCACACAAAGGGUGUGUUUCUGCGACCACACACACGCACAGGGAGACACAGACGAUCAGAGAGUGACUGAGUGUGUGCGUACCUCUCCCCCCGCUCGUUCUUCCUCCUUGCCCUCUUCGUCUUCAGGGAUGUUGAGCAUCCACUGGGGGUCCAGGUCACCCAGCUCCGAGCGCACCCACUGGGUGCCCGCUGAGGGGGGCUUCUCCUGCACACACAGGAUGUGUAUACGUGUUUGUGCGUGCGAAAGGCUGUGUAAGGCAGCAUGGUUGUUACGUCUGGGAACCGAAUGUCUUCCGGUUUUUGGAUGGCCGUGGCAGCGAGGCCUUUCAGCGGCCCCAAUGGACCGAUCUCCUCUUCCUCUCUCUGCUCAGCAGCACCCUAAUAAGCGUCCUCGGUUGUGUUUGGAUGAUGUGGGUGUGUGUAGUGGUGUGUGGCCUUUGUACCUCCUCGGCAGCAGUGGGCUCCUCCUCCCUGUGUGUGGGCAUAGGCAUGGGCGCUGGUGAUGGAGAGGGGGCCCUCCCAUUCUCCCUCUGCUGCUGCUGCUGCUGCUGCUGGGUGAACUCAGUCCACCUUCUCCGAGACUCCCUGUGUGUCCCAUUGGUGUUAUUCACUGACGCCUUUGUGUCGUGGGUGGCUCUUUCUGCUUGCACAUACGUGUCUUUGAAGGCCUUGCUGGCGGCCACCCCAGCAUCGUGUGGCAGGGCGAGCGAGUCUCGCACAAUGUCCAGCUGCACACACAUAUACACACAUAAGGACACCCACGACGCAUAUUUCAGCGAAGGACCUGGUUGAGAAUGGAGUUCUGGCUUGGUGUGAUGACAAAGCGGCUCGCGCGCGGCGCACCUCCAGCAGCAGCAACAGUCCUGCGAGACCUGUUUAUGGGCACAAGUGACUUCGCAUACACUGUCGUGCCAUGACUCUCGUGUACCCCAUGAGCAGGUCGGCGAAGUCGGCCUUCUUGUCGGUAUCCUUGACACGGAAGUCCACAUGCACCUCUGCUGCUGCAGCUGUUGCUGCUCUCGCAGCUGGUUCUCCUUCUUUCGCUGCUGCUGCUUCUGCUCUCUCCGUUUGCUCUUGUUCUCGCUGCAGCUGGGCACGCUGCUCCAGGCUGACCUCUGUCUUGGACAUACGAAUGCGCGGCUGCAACACAAAGACGGAGGAGAGGAUGGGUGGAUGGGAGAGACACGGCACUCUCACCUCGGGCUUGUGUCCGUCGACGACCAUCUCCACCUCACACACCACACUGCCCGAAGAUCGCUGCUGCUCAAUGCCCUUACUGCACACACCCGCCCCCCAACGACAUAUGAGCAGAGGGGCACCCAUGUGUUGCUCACGCUUGCUGCUCCUGCUGCUCCUGCUGCUGCUGCUGGUCCAGCUGCUCCUCAUCCGGAUGGUCGAGGUAGGUGUAUGUGGUGUAUGUCCGUGGCGCCAGGGCACCGCUGACCGUCUGUGACCGCUUCUUUACCUCACUCCCCUCGGCAGCAGGCUGGGUGUAGGCCACAGUUCUCCGCGGCACUUGCACCUCACCAGCAGCAGCGACAGCGACAGCGGCAGCGGCAGCCUGACACGUUUACACACAGGAAGUGUGCAGAGUGUGUGUGUCUGCACCCUGCACACCUGCUCAGCAGCAGCAGCGGCAUCAGCGGCACCAACGGCAGCAGCAGGAGCAGCAGCAGGUGGUCUGGGUGAGAUCUCCUUGGAUGGCAGCAGCGACGCAGUGCGCAUCGACUGAAUGCGAUCCGACGCCCUCUCGGCAGCCAAGCGGACCAGCUCCUGCGCCUCGGCGUGCAGCUGCGCCUAAGAAGAGGAGCCGAAGGACCUGCAUAGGACGCGUCGGUAUGUCUCGUGUGUAUGUGUGUGUGUACUUCAGAGCUGGUGCGAGCCCGAACGGCGAUAGGAGGGCCGGCAGGUGCGCUGGCGGGCACUGCUUCCGCCGCUGCUGGCGCUGCUGCAGGUGUCUCGGCUGGCAUGCGCUGCUGCGUCCUUUUGUCUGGCGAUUUGUCCUCCUCUGUCUCCUCUUCGAGAGUGGGCAGCUGUGUGGCCGUCUGGGCGGACCGAAACGACUCCAGCAACAUCUGCCAACGCGCACCACACAGGCCAUGUGUGUGUGUGUGUGUGUGUGUAUGGGUGUGUGUGUUUGUGUGCGCACCUUGGCUGCGGCGCCGAAAGGCGUGACCUCUUCAGGCUUGGCCCACACGACCUCUACCGCAUCCUCCGGAUCGAUUCCUUCAUUGUCGUCGACGCACUCCUCCUCAUACUCGAGCACCUCCACGUCCUCGGCAAAACCGGUCGUGCGGUCCUCUGCACACACACACACACACAUGCAGCGGCUCCCAUUCAGCGGGGCUGUGACGUUGUUCGCACACCGUCUGGUCCUGCUCCCAUCUUUGGGUGCUGCAGCUGUGUCGUGUCGGUCAGGGCUACGUCGUCAUCCCACUGGGCCAUCAGCGACACCUGCCGGGCGUCAGUAGCCUCUGUGUGAGCGCACAUACACAUGUGUGUCGGGGAGGAAGACACUCACUCAUUCUCUGUGGGUGUUGGUGGUGCUUUCUCCGACCUUGUGAGACCUUGAACGAUGCCGCGAAGGACUUCUUGCGGCGAAUGGGGGCGGCCGGCCUCUCCUCCGCCUGAUACAAGACACCCAACACGCGAGACACGCGCGUGUACGCGAUUCACACGUCUGUGUCUUCGUGUGUGUACUUUGGGCGGCUCUUCUGCAUCGACGGCCAUUGAAGCGCCGCGAGUUCGGCGAAAGGUCACCUAGGAAAGAAGAACAGGGUGCGCUUCUUUGUUGUCAUGAAUGUCUUCAUCUAUCCGUCGUUCCCGAUCCAGACAAGGAACAACAGUACCAUACCACAAUCUUGGGGAGUUUCCUGAUCGUUUCGCCCGUCGCCUUCUUGACGCUCCGGACGGUGAUGCGCUUGAACAACUUUGUCUGCACACGAAGCAGAAUGAGUGUCUUAUAUAUGUGGGCACUGCCUGACGCACCAGGAAGUCUGAGUAUGCCUUGUCGCUGAUGACGGGCGUCCAGACGUCGGCCAGCUGGAAGAAGGCCUCGAAGAAACGCGUGAACUCCAGCGCAUCAGCACCUGCACCCACCAUACACACAAAUGCGCCUUUCUCGCUCGCGGAAACACUCCUAGGUGCUUCGCCGACCUCUGCUGUCGUGCAGCCAGUCGCUGUCGACCACUUGGAGGGCCUGCUCGGGCGUGAAGUCAGGCAGCAACACCUUGCAAAUCAUCAUCAACACCUGAGGACCACACACAGACCAGAUCCAGGCACACAGGUGUGAACACACAGACACAUACACAUCCACGCUCAUCUCAUUCUCGCCUACCCGAGUGUACUCGUCCCUGGGCACUUUGUCGUCGCCGUUUUUGCGGAACAGCUGCCAGAGGCCGGCCACCUUCCGCUGCAGCACCGGCGACCACUUGAGCCGCCCACGGGCUGACAGAGCUGAGGGCGUCUCGAAGGCCUGGUCGCCUGCAAUACGCAGAGGCAACAGAGAACCGCCUCCACAUCUCUCUCUCUCUGUGUGCGUGUAUGUGUUGUAGCUGACCCUGUAGGUAGUAAGGGAUGGCAUUGUGGACACCGGGCCGCUCCCACUCAAACAGCAAAUCCUCAGACGGCUCCUGAGGAAGACAGGCGCACACAGAGAGCUCAUAGUCGAUUCAUCGCCGCUCACCGUCAU